UUAGGUCAGGAGCUGUCCAGUGAGGAUAGGCCCGAACCCAGCCAAAGAUCAGAUUACCGCCACCAUGGGCGAGCCCGCCAACGCAUACAAUGGGCAGAUCAAGGAUGGCCUUUUCCACGGAAAGGGAAAAUUGAUCUAUGCUGGAAACGAAUGUUAUGAUGGCGAGUGGGUCUAUGGCAAAAGAGAAGGUCAUGGAAUGUUUACCUACUCAGAUGGUGCAAUCUUUGACGGUCAGUGGCAAGAGGACAGGAUACACGGCCAGGGCGUGGCAGUCUUUGCUUCUGGAAACCGUUACGAAGGAAGCUGGGAGAACGGCCGGAUUCACGGGCAUGGUACUUUGACCUACUCAAACAAAGAUCAGUAUGAAGGGGAUUGGCAUGAUGGAAAGAUGCACGGCCGUGGUACCUACAAGUAUGCAGAAGGAGACGUCUACCACGGAGAGUGGAAGGACGACAAGCGACACGGCAAGGGCGUGGUUACCUAUGUCAGCGCCCGUGGCAGUGUAGUAGAGAAAUUUGAAGGUGACUGGGUGAAUGGCAAGAUGCACGGCACUGGGAAGUACCAGUAUGCUGAUGGAGGAGUGUACGAAGGAGACUGGCAAGAUGGCAAGAUGCAUGGCAGAGGAACAUAUACCUUUCCGAACAACAACACCUACGAGGGAGAAUGGGUCAAUGACAUGAAAGAAGGCUACGGCACUUUGAAGUACCAGAAUGGCGAGAAGUACGAAGGCUACUGGAAGCAAGACAAGGUUCAUGGGAAAGGCACGCUGGUUUACACGUAUGGUGACAAAUUCAUUGGCGACUGGGUUGAUGCCAAAAAGGAAGGUGAGGGCGAACUCAUCUACUCCAAUGGCGACCGCUUCAAAGGCCAGUGGUCCGAUGAUCGAGCUGCUGGUUACGGUGUCUUCCAGUAUUCCAACGGAAAUCGGUACGAAGGCCAAUGGCUUGAUGACAAGCGUCAUGGCCGUGGUGUUUUCGCUUGCGCAGAGGACGGCUCCGUCUAUGACGGCGAGUUUGCUUUCGGGCGAAAAGAAGGCCGUGGCCUUCUGAAGCUUCAAAGUGGGCAUGUAUUGAGCGGUCAGUGGAGGCAAGGCGAGUUGACACAGGUGGUAGACUUUGUUUUUGGACCGGAGUCUCCAUGGAAGAAUCCAGACUUGUGAUGAUUUGCUGAGUCACACUGACGCUGAGCUCCAUAUUCAUACUAGAUGUGGGAAGACGUGAAGGGAC